ACCAAGGAAAAACUGACAGCUUUUCCCUAAAUUCAAAGACAGCUGAAAAAAAGUGAAAAAUUCGAAAAUUUGAAAAUGAAAGUGAAAAAGGACAAUGGCGCCGAGGGAGCGUCUGAGUCACCCACCCGUCAAAUUCAGCCUCGAGGUAAGCCCGAGAAUUACUGGGAGCUCUGCCAGGCGCUCGAGUCGCAUGACGACACCGAUUUCGAUGAAUUCGAGAGCGAAAUGCAGUCUAUUGCCUUUGCGCCUAGCUGCUUGGGUCCGCAAAAUGAGCUGGAGCACAAAGCAGCUUUGGCCACCAAGGCCAUAGAGCGCGAGCGGCAGAAUCGCACGCGUGCCGAGCUGCUGCUGGGCGAGAAGGAGCUGCCGGGCGCACUGCGAACCUUGGCACGUGUCUACGACUUUCAAAACUGUCGUCUACUGGACAAGCCACGAGAGGCGGCUGUAAAACCGUUGGGCGCAGUGCCCAAGCCGCAGCCAGCAAAGCUGCGCGAGGUGCCCGUUGUGCCGCCGGAGCUGGAGACGCUGAUAGUGGACCAACCGCAGCCGCAACAUCAGCAGAAACAACAUCUGCAGCAGCAGCAACUACAGCAGCAGCAACUGCAACAGCAUCAGCAACAACAACAACAGCCGCAGCAGCAGCAACAGACGCAACCGCUGCACCGCCAGACUACCUUUAAUCCACCGCAUUCUUUUCAGCCUCAAGCUAAUUUUCAUGCUCAGCCUCCACCUCACUCUCAAGCUCAGCGUCAAUCACAUGCUCAAUCUUAUAACCAGAUACCUCCUCCACAAUCCUAUCAGCAGAUGCCUCCUCACCAAUCGUUUCAUCAGAUACCUCCUCCACUUUUAUACCAAGAGAUACCCCCUCCUCUUUCCUAUCAUCCACACCAGUAUCCUCCGCCUCCUCAUUAUACUCCCCACCAACCUUUUGGUCCUCCUCAGCCACCGGCUGCGCGACGCUUGGAUCCCAAUCGCUAUGGCCAGGAGCAACUUUCCAGAUCCAUUGCAUCUCUUGGCAACGAACAUGUCUUGCAGAACAGUCUGCCGGGCAGCAAUAUUAUUCGCUUCAACAGUCGGCCACCGUCCAGGCAUCACCAGCCACAGUACGUACCACCGCCGCGCCAGCCUUCGCAUCGUCAGCCGCUUUAUGCUCCGCCACAACGCCAGUCGACGCAUGCCCCGAUUCCAAGUGGCGCUCGUCCGACGCGCAAGCCCAUUAUUGUGGUGCCCAGUGAGUUUACAAGUCUGGUUACCCUGCACAAUGUGCAGCCGCUUCUGCAGGAGCAGCGCUUUGUGCCACCGGCUAUAAUGAGGCGUUCGGAUCUGCGGCUGCUGGAGGAAGUCAAUAUAGUGCGCAACUUUCGCGGCGAGCAGCAGCAGUAUCGUGUCAUCGACAACGUGGCCAGGCUGGCUACAGAGGACUGGGAACAGGUUGUGGCCGUAUUCGUGUUUAAUCCACAUCAACAGUUCAUUGGCUGGCCCAACCACGGCGACCCUGCGGUCAUCUGUCGCCAAUUGUGUGCCUUUCACUUGCACUACAAGGGGCAGUCUAUCUAUCGGGAGUUGGAAUCGCUCUGGCUCAACAUACUGAGCAUUCCCGAGCAUGAACGCAACCUGGAUGGCGAGAUAUUGAUGGAGUUCUGGCGCAAGCUGGAUCAGCAUAUGGCUAACAAAGAUCGUCAGUUGGGCUUUCCCCGUCAGAGCUAGGCGAGGCCCGGAGGCAACUGAAAAUUGAGCACACUUAACGCUUAUCCCGAUAAUACAUAAAGAUAUAAAAUCAAUAAAUGAAAUUGAAUAAACAGCCCACAGUCGGGUAGCAAAGACAAAGGCAAUGCUACA